AUGGAUCAAGAUAUAUCUUCUAAGCUGCAACGGUUUGAAUUAUCUGAUAAAGAAGAAGGGGGAUUAGUUCUUUCAGUAGAUGAUGUUGCCAUUGGAAUUCAGGAUUGUAGUUUAAGUCUCAUUGGGAAGAUUUUUGGGAGAAAAAGAGAUAAGAUUCUAGAAGGUAAAACUUGGAACUUUGGUGGUCAAUACCUUCUUCUGAAACCAUGGAACUCUGAGAACAAUGAAUUCAAUGAAGAGGAUGAGAAAAUUAAAAUUUGGGUCCAAAUCCUAAAUUUGCCUCUCCAUUGGAUUUCAGCUGAAACAUGGGUUAAAUUGGGUAGAUUGUUGGGGAAAACCUUAGAUGUCCAAGUCCCUGGAAUAGGCAACUAUCAUGGGCAAAAUCUGAAAAUUCUUUUUGAACUCCCACUCUCGGACCCAAUUCUGAGAGGCACAUUCAUAAAAAUGGGGGAGGAUAAAAAAUGGGUUGACUUACGAUAUGAAAAUAUCCAAAGUUUUUAUUUCUACUGUGGGGUGAUAGGCCAUUGUGAUAGGAGUUGUGCUAAGAAGAAAGAAGACAUUGAUAAAAAUGAACGUAAGUUGGGGCAGUAUGGAGAUUGGCUGAGAAUUAGCAGCUCCCCUAUUAGUUCUUUUAGGAGCCACAGUGGGGCUAACUUAGGUAGUCAAGCUAGUCCUGAGGCUACUAUUCCCACCCCCAUUCACCCCAUAGACAAAAGUGUGGUGAGAGAUAAAAGUAGUAGUGGAAAUAUCCAAAGUUCUACCCCUAUCAGCCAUGCUGAGAAGGGUAAAGCCAACUUAGAAGGGGAGGGACCUGAGAACCCUGGUCUAUCUAAGGGUGCUUUGGUUACUGAACCCUUGAGUCAAAAUAUCAGUACUCCUUCCAUGGAACCUAUGGUCCACAUUGAGUCUAACCUGGUGGAGGGUUAA